AUGACUACUCAAGGGCCCAUGGCCCCAGGGCCGUCGAUUACACGGGAUUGGGCAGACGACCGCUCUGAUGAUCGUCUACACAGUGUUACGUCUGGUACGAGCGCCACGCCUUUGACCCAAGCGCAGACACAGCAUUCGGCGCAUUCUACCAACUCUGAACUCUCGGCCCAUCGAACGUCGUCGAGCGCACAACGGAAGCGAUCGGUCCUCGGCUUGCACCCUCAAGCACCCAUCGACGAAGAGCAUGACCACGGUGCGGCGUCGGAGUUGCUUUGGUCGCGUAUAAGGACGGUGAUGAGGGAGCCGUUCGCGGAGUUCUGGGGCACCGCUAUAAUGGUGAUGUUCGGUGACGGAGCGGUUGCGCAGGUGUUACUUUCGACUGGACAGACGACUGCUCCAGGUGGUAACGGGUUCGGGCAGUAUCAGUCGAUCAACUGGGGUUGGGGCCUAGGUGUCAUGCUCGGGCUGUACGUCGCAGGCGACUCGGGCGCAUAUCUCAAUCCGGCGAUUACUCUAAGCAACUGCAUCUUCCGUCAGUUGCCGUGGCGGCGGUUCCCGAUGUACUUCGCUGCACAGAUGCUUGGUGGUUUCGUCGGGUCCGGGAUCGUAUACGCGAACUACAUCAGCUCCAUCGACUGGUUCGAGGGCGGGAAGAUGCGAACAGUGCCCCCGGCUGAGAAGGCUACAGCAAACAUCUUCUGCACCUAUCCGCAGCCAUUCCUUACCAAGGCCAACCAGUUCUUCUCGGAGUUCAUCGCAAGUACACUGUUGAUGUUCGUCAUCUUCGCGUUGAAAGACCCGAGCAAUAAUGGUGUUCCGAAGUCCGACAAAUGGUUCCCACUGUGCCUAUUCUUCCUCAUCUUCGGGCUGGGAUCUUGCUUCGGCUGGCAGACUGGUUAUGCGAUCAAUAUCGCUCGUGACUUUAGCCCAAGACUGAUGUCUUAUGCGGUCGGGUAUGGUCAUGAGGUGUGGUCCGCUGGCGGCUACUACUUCUGGAUCCCGAUGGUGGCACCAUUCCUUGGCUGCGCGUUUGGAGGAUUCCUCUACGACAUCUUCAUCUACACGGGACCCAGUCCUAUCAACUCGCCAUGGCUUGGCUUGAAGCAGCUCACUCCCGGUAACGCGAUGCGAGCGAGGAGAGAGCACCUAAGGAGAGAGAAAGAAGAGGGGAUUGUAUAA